AUGGCGGUAGGCAAGAACAAGGGCCUUACGAAGGGCGGCAAAAAGGGAGCCAAGAAAGUGGUUGAUCCAUUUUCUAAAUAAGAUUGGUAUGAUGUGAAAGCGCCUGCUAUAUUCAAUAUAAGAAAUAUUGGCAAAACGCUGGUCGCCAGAACGCAAGGAACCAAAAUUGCAUCAGAUGGCCUCAGGGGUCAUGUGUUUGAAGUGAGUCUUGCAGAUCUGCAGAAUGAUGAAGUUGCAUUUUGGAAAAUCAAGCUGAUCACUGAAGAUGUUCAAGGCAAAAACUGUCUGACUAACUUCCACGGCAUGGACUUGACCCGGGACAAAAUGUGCUCCAUGGUCAAAAAAUGGCAGACUAUGAUCGAAGCUCAUGUUGAUGUCAAGACUACCGAUGGUUAUUUGCUUCGUCUGUUCUGUGUUGGUUUUACCAAAAAACGCAACAAUCAGAUACGGAAGACCUCUUGCGCUCAGCACCAACAAGUCCACCAGAUCCGGAAGAUGAUGGAAAUCAUGACCCGGGAAGUACAGACAAAUGACUUAAAAGAAGUGGUCAAUAAAUUGAUUCUGGACAGCAUUGGGAAAGACAUAGAAAAGGCCGGCCAAUCUAUUUCUCCUCUUCAUGAUGUCUUUGUUAGAAAAGUAAAAAUGCUGAAGAAGCCCAAGUUUGAAUUGGGAAAACUCAUGGAGCUGCAUGGUGAAGGUAGUAGUUCUGGAAAAACUACUGGGGAGGAGACAGGUGCUAAAGUUGAACGAGCUGAUGGAUAUGAACCACCAGUCCAGGAAUCUGUUUAACAUCCAGGCUUUUAAGAGUGACAAAUAAAAAAUCCUAUUUGUGAAAA